UUAUAGUAAAUUACUAAAAUACGAUGUUAAUGGAUUGUGGAUCUAUGACAUUUAAUAUUGAUAUGAAAACCCCAUUAUUUAUAAAAGAAUGGGUUCCUAAAAACAAUAUACAAUAUUUUUUUACAUUAAUCUUUAUUAUUAUAAUAAGUAUUUUUUAUAGAGCAAUUUCAACUUAUAAAUUACAAUGGAAAUGCAAACAAAAAAUAGUCUGUAUGAAUUGCUCUAAAUUAAAAGAAAUAGAUAUUUAUUAUCGACCAGAAAUUAUGAGGAGUGAAAAUAAUAAAUAUCUGCAAACUAUGCCAUCAUUUCGAUUAUCGGUUGACUUUUAUUGGGCAUUUUUACAAUUUGUUACAUAUUUUUUUUCAUAUCUUUUAAUGAUUCUCGUAAUGUCUAUGAAUAUUGGAUAUUUUUUUGCAGUAUUGGUUGGUAUUUUUAUUGGAGAAGUUGUAUUUUCUCGAUAUAAUUAUGCAUUUAUUAGACCAUGUGAAAUACCUUAAUUAAGGAUAUUUUAUUCAUUAUAACCACUUGUAUCUGUAUGUAUAAUAAUCUCAA